AUGUCUACAUUACCAACAGACUCCUUCAAAAUUUCCAUAACAACUACUACCACAACCGAAUUGAAUACUCUACCGUCACAGCCUUCACAGCCUACCAGUUCUCAUGAACCUGAAAUUACUAUCUCAUUAGAUGUAACAACGCCGGAGAAUAUAACGAAACAUAAUUCUCAAAUAUCUACAUUAUAUGCAAAUCAAGAGUUAACCCGAUCAGCAACAUCAUUAUCCUCUGCAGAUUAUAUAGUUCCAUCUAAUGACCCAAGAAGUUCAACACAAAUAUUCAAAUUACAAAAUAUCGAUUAUUCUAGCUUCGAAGGCAUAAGUCCAUUAGGUUAUGGCAAAAGCAUUACAAUUUUAGUAUCAACAUGGAAAAAUGAUAAUGACAUGAUUAAAGUUGCUUUAAAGAAAGUUGAAACUCUAGCAGCUUUUUCACAAGCAGUUAAAGAGAAUUCUAAUGAUAGUGAAAAUAAGUUAUUGGUUGAUAAUAUAAAUUUACUUUACAAAUUGAGUUUUCAUCAGAAUAUACUUUCAAUAUUUGGUUAUAGUUAUAAUCCUCAAAAUGAUGAUUAUUUUAUGGUAUUGCAAUAUGCUGAAGGUGGAAACUUACGGCAAUAUCUUGAAAACAACCAUUCAAAACUUUCUUGGACAGAUAAAGUGAGAAUAAUUAUUGACAUAGCAAGUGGUUUACAAUACAUACAUAAUCAUGAUAUUGUUCAUCUAUCAUUGCACCCACACAAUAUACUUCUUCACAAUGAACAACUCAUGAUCUCAGAUCUUGGAAUCUCUAAAUCUAUACCUCAAAAAUCUUCAAUAUACCCAACAUUACCUUACAUAGAUCCAAAUUAUUUUGCUUCCCCAACAACGUAUCCGCGUGAUAAACAUUUGGAUAUUUAUUCAUUAGGUGUAAUAAUGCAUGAUAUUUCAAGUGGUAAACGACCAUUUGAAAAUUUACCAUAUAAUCAAUUUUUAGCUAUAAGAUUAUUAGAAGGGUUAAGAUUAAAACCUAUAAAUGGUACACCUCUUGAAUUAGUAGAUUUAUAUGAACAAUGUUGGGAUAUUGAUGCUAGUGUUCGUCCAACAAUUUCUGAUAUUUUGGCUAGGUUAGGUAGAUUAAAAUUAGAUUCGUUUUGGGUUGAUAAUGAUGAAAUAAUGGGAAAUAAUGGAAAAAAGAAUUUGGAUAGUCCUUUGGAAUUUAAUAGUGAUAUUAAAGGUAUUAUUAUGGAGACUAAACAUGCCGUCUUUGGAUCAGGAAAUGUUACUUUCUCUAAUGGAAAUAUUAGUUCAAUAAGAGAUAUCGAAAUUAAUGAAAAUGAAAUUUAUGGUGAAGAAGAAAAAGAUGAAA